UGUUCUACUCCUGUAUAGGGCUGAGGUCGAGUGUUGAGUUGAGAGAGCACAGAGAAAAGCAGCCUUACCCAAAAGCCAACAAUCCAUCACAAGGACCUGACAGCCCAGAGGUCGCAGAUGCAGCACGCAGAGACACAACCAGACCACAAGAGUGAUGUCGUCCAGAGUCAGACAGAGGAACAGGAGCAGAGUGCUGAGGGGGGGAAACUGGCUGCCGAGCAGCAGCAGCAGAAGCAGCAGCCAGGCUUUGACAUGAUCUACACCAUAGAGGAUGUCCCGCCGUGGUACCUCUGCAUUCUACUGGGCCUCCAGCACUACCUGACGUGUUUUAGCGGGACCAUCGCUGUGCCCUUCCUGUUAGCGGAGGCCAUGUGCGUGGGAAAGGACCAGAACACUGUCAGUCAGCUGGUGGGAACCAUCUUCACCUGCGUGGGAAUCACCACACUUAUACAAACCACCUUUGGAGUCAGGUUACCUCUUUUCCAGGCCAGUGCUUUUGCUUUCCUCAUCCCUGCUCAAGCUAUCCUAGGGCUGGAUAGAUGGAAAUGUCCCUCUGAAGAGGAGAUUUAUGGGGACUGGAGUCUUCCUCUGAACACCUCCCACAUCUGGCACCCAAGGAUGAGAGAGAUCCAGGGUGCCAUCAUAGCGUCCAGUGCAGUGGAGGUGGUCAUCGGGCUGGUGGGUCUCCCUGGUCUCCUGUUGGACUACAUCGGGCCCCUGACCGUCACCCCCACCGUGUCCCUCAUCGGCCUGUCUGUCUUCCAGACAGCUGGGGACAGAGCCGGCUCUCACUGGGGCCUCUCAGCACUGUGCAUCUUCCUCAUCGUGCUAUUUGCUCAGUACCUGAGGAACUGGUCCUUCCCUUUCCUCACCUACAACAGGAAGAAAGGCUUCGGCGUCACCAGGUUCCAGAUCUUCAAGAUGUUCCCGAUUAUCAUGGCCAUCAUGUUGGUGUGGCUGCUGUGUUACAUCCUGACCCUGACCGACGUGCUGCCCAGUGACCCCAGCAAGUACGGACAGAAGGCACGCACCGAUGCGCGUGGUGACAUCAUGACCCUCUCCCCCUGGUUCCGCUUCCCCUACCCCUGUCAGUGGGGGUUGCCCACGGUGACCAUCGCCGGAGUGCUGGGCAUGUUCAGUGCCACGCUAGCUGGCAUUAUAGAGUCUAUCGGGGACUAUUACGCCUGUGCUCGCCUCUCAGGGGCACCUCCGCCACCUGUCCAUGCCAUCAACAGGGGUAUUUUCACAGAGGGGGUGUGCUGCAUUAUAGCAGGACUGCUGGGUACAGGAAAUGGCUCCACCUCCUCCAGUCCCAACAUUGGAGUUCUGGGAAUCACUAAGGUGGGCAGCAGGAGAGUGGUGCAAUACGGUGCAGCCAUAAUGUUCCUGUUAGGAACAGUGGGGAAAUUCACUGCCCUCUUCUCUUCUCUGCCUGACCCCAUUCUAGGUGGCAUGUUCUGCACCUUGUUCGGUAUGAUCACGGCUGUGGGCUUGUCCAACCUGCAGAGCGUAGACCUCAACUCCUCUAGGAAUCUCUUUGUCCUCGGUUUCUCCAUGUUCUUCGGUCUCAUGCUGCCCAGUUACCUAGACCUGCACCCUGGCUGCAUCAAAACAGGAGUUGCAGAGGUGGAUCAAAUCCUCACAGUGCUCCUAACCACUGAGAUGUUUGUUGGUGGCUUCCUGGCGUUUGCUCUGGAUAACACCAUCCCAGGCACAAGGAAGGAGAGAGGGCUGUUGGACUGGAAGGGUGAUGAGGGCAGUGAGGGAAGCUCAGCAAACAUACAUGCUACUUAUGACUUCCCCAUUGGAAUGAGCUGCGUUAGGAAGAUCAGCUGCCUGCGCUAUCUCCCCAUCUGCCCCAGCUUCCAAGGCUUCAGGCAGCGCAAACGGAAGGACAGCAUGCAGGAAAACAACGAGGAUGAAUUAAGAGAGAGGACUGAGAGUGUACGCAUGGACACAACAAUUACCUUGGCCUGCACCAAAGUAUAGUAAAAGUUCAAUGAUUCAUUUUUUAGAUUAUUUUUAUACUGAGGUGCGAUUUUCACAGCUAUUUAUUGUUUUGGACACUUACAAAUGCACAAUGUUGCAUUGUUGUGACUGGAAUAUUAUUUACUAGAGCACAUAACUCACCAUUUAUCUUGGAGGUUUGGUCUACCAUCGCCGUUUUCUUACUCACCACCACGUUUUUAUAGCAUCUAUUAUUGGUCUACGCUGAAGAACAAAGAGCCAUAUAUUCAGACACAUACUGACCUUAUGCUUGUAUACAGACUGUAUCUGAAGAAGCAGAGACAACAUUAGCAGUGUUUUUUGUAUUUUAUUAAGUCUUUCUUGUGUACAAAAUGAACAAGUAAUGAUCGUGUCUCUCUUCUAACGAUCGGAACUCAAUCUGAGGUAAAGCAAAACAUUUAUGAUAUAAAAUGAAAGUGUAAUAUAUUAAAACAUUCCUAUUUUUGACUAUGUUAAAUGUUGGUUUACAUUAUUAAGUGUGACAAUAAAAUGUUAAAUCAGA